UUAUUAUUUUUACAACUGCGUUAGUUUACUUAAAAGAUGACGCCAUUAAACGAAUACCGAAACCCAUAUUUAGAUUCGAAUCUCUCAAUCAUACAUAUUCGAAAUUCUGUAUUGUGCAUCCCUAGACGUCAGCACUCAGUUCUCAAUUUUGUAUUGUUACUUAAUUUAUUCUACAUUUUUAGCGACAUCGAGAUAAAACUUGUGCACAAAACUAUUCCUGGUCAUAAGUUUGUGUUGGCUGCUCGAGGUGGUUUAUGUUGGGAUCUGAAUACUUUAAAUACAUUGACCUCACUUGAUCUUCAAAGCUUGGACCAACAGGCUGGCGAGUCCAUAGUAAAUUGGUUGUAUACUGAUACAGUUAAUUUACAAAAUGCAACAGAUGACUUCAUAAUUCAAAUGAUGAAAACUGCAAGCAAGUAUAAACUGCUUGGUUUGCUUUCCAGAUGUGAGCAAGCCAUUCUGUCAGUGGUAACUGUUAAGAAUUGCAUAAGGUUUUAUGAAUUGGCAGAAGAUUUAAAAGCUGCAGCUUUGAAAGAAUAUUGUUCAAGCCUUGUCUCAAUGCACUGGAAUGAUUUAUCACCACAAGAAUUUUCGUUCAUGGCAGCGCCCAUGUUGUACACUAUGUUAAAAAGCAAAUCAAAAUGGCCGUUACAUCGUUCAAUUCUUGCAAAGCGAGAAGACGUUUUGUUUCUAUACCUUAUCGAAUUUGACUCCCAGCUCCCUUUAAAGUUAAAUGAAAUAAAUGAAGAUGGAGAGUGGCCACUUCAACUUGCGCUGUCCACCAACCAAGAGUCGAUCGCACACACGCUUGUAUCACAUGGGGUGGACAUGGACGGGUGUGAUGAUAACGGGAAAAGUCACUUGCAUAGAUCACUUAAUGAAGGAAAUGAAUUUUCUGCAUUAUUCUUAUUAAACAAUGGAGCUUCGGUAAACCUUGCCACUCAUGAUAGUGGAAAUACAGCCUUGCAUAUAGCUGCCUCUGUUAAAUUUGGUCAUGAUUCUAAGCAUGACAUGGAUAGUAUAACUCGUAUAACAUCACUGUUGCUGAAAAAAGGUGCAAAUCCAAACUUAUCUAACUCACUUGGUUUUACUCCUCUACAUAUUUCUGUACUUUCAAAGAAUAUGCCUGUGUUUAAAUUAUUACUGGACUCUCCAAUCAUUGAUCUGGAGUUAAGAACACGCAAAGGCCAUGUCAGUUUGUGGUUGGCACUUGAUAAUAACGAUUCCACCUUUGUUGUUUAUCAUGAACACACCAUGGCCGCUUUGCUCAUCAAGAAAGGUUGCAGUGUCGAUGCUCCUGACAUAACAACAGGUGAGAACUUACUUCAACUUUGUGCCCAAGACGCAAACGAAGCUGGAUUUUUACCGUGGUUGCAGUUUUCGUUUCUACAUACAUUAAUUUUAAUUAAACUGAUAUUACCAGGCAUGGUGUAUAUGUGCUGGCAGUUGAGUUUACUCCUUAUGAAAGUGAUUUUUUAUUUCAACACAGCGCACAUCUUACACAGCGAUGAUAAAGGUUUUGGGAGAGUAACACCGGACUUUAACUUGAGGAACAGUGAUGGAAACACUGUGUUGGCGCUUGCUGUGUGGUCCGGUUUCUACAAAAUCGCUGCUCAACUGCUCAGUUCUGGGGCUGAUAUUAAUUAUAAGUCAGUUGAAUUCAGUGGAGUAGCCAGAGUAAAAAUAAAGGGAAAUAAAGUUGGGAAAACAUUGCUUCACCUUGCGAUUGAAAAUACCGAUAUUUCUUCUGCUUUGUUUUUAUUGGAGCAUCAAGCAGAUUGCCAUAUUAGAAGUGACAGCAAUGAGUGCCCAUUACAACUUGCAGUAAAACAUUGUAUUGGGGUUGUGGUUGACGCAUUAUGUUUACGAGGUGCUGACAUUAAUGUAAGAGAUGCAAAUGGUGACUGUGUGCUGUGGCUUGCUUUACAAGCACAUGAAGAAGACAUUGCAUCAACAUUGGUUCAUUACAAAUGUGACACAACAUUCUGGAGUGAAGGACCAGAUGGUUGCAGACAAUCAUUAUUGCACCGAGCUAUCGAUAAUAAACAGGAAUACAUUGCAUGCUUUCUAAUUAGAAGUGGAUGUGAUAUAGACUCACCACGCAAAUUGGGCGCAGUAGGUGCUACAGAGUCUACACUGUCAGGUGUAUCACCUUUGCACAUGGCAUGUUCAAUGGGUCUUAAACUAACUGUUCAAACUUUGCUUGAAAAGAAUGUUCAAAUUAAUGCACAGGAUUGCAACAACUUGACACCACUACAUGUAGCAGUAAUGAAUGAUCACAGAGAGAUAACUGAUCUACUUCUAACCCACAACUCUAUAAACCUAACAUUAACUGACAAGAAAGGACGAACAGCGUUUGCUUCAGCCAUGUUUAACAAGAAUGUUCAGUGUGCACAGUCAAUAUUAAAACGGGAGCCUGGUGCUGCAGAACAGGUUGACAAGAAGGGGUUCAAUUUUCUUCACACAGCAAUAUUAAAGAAAGAUUUGGACAGCGUGUUGUUUCUGAUAUCUAUUGGCUCUGAUGUUAAAUCUGAAACACGUGAUGGUCAAUCUGCUUCACCUUUGCAUCUUGCUGUGGCUACUGGUGCUAUACUCAUCGUUCGAAACUUGGUAUUGGCUGGCGGUGAUGUCAAUUCUGUGAACAAACAAAAACAAUCAGUACUCCACAUGGCUGCUAUUAUGAAUGAGGCUUCCAUUGCUGCUGUGUUGGUGGAGAAUGGUGCAGAUGUUUUUCAUGUUGAUCAACAUGGGAAUAAUGUGUUUCAUGUUGCAUGUGUGCAUGGGGCACUGGAAACUAUACAGAUCCUCACACAAGUCGUCCCACAGCUUCAAAAAGUUUUAGUAACUUGCAACAACAGAGGACAAACUUUGGUUCAUGUUCUUGCUGAAGGAUCAAGUCCAAAAACAUCCGCUUUGUUUGAUACAAUAUUAUCUGCUUUGCCAGAUUUUCCAUUGGCUAUUCAAGAUAAUAAUGGAAACACGGCUCUUCUGCUAGCUUAUAUGAGUGGCAAUGCUUCGCUAUGUCGUUCUUUAGUGAGGUCCGGAUCUACGCUUGCCAUUUCAAACAAUCAUGGAGUCAAUUUGUUUAAUCAUCCAGUUGCUACAAGGCAACUACUGUUUCGAUUGCUGGAUUUAUUAAGCCAGGAACCGCCAUGGGCAGAGGGAAAUACAUGCUUAGAAUGUGCUGUUAAAUUUGGUGUUGCAACUAGAAAACAUCAUUGUCGACAUUGUGGUCGCAUUCUAUGUGCCAAGUGCUCAACUAAGCUCAUGCCAAUUUUAAAAUUUGAUAUUUCAAAACCUACAAGAGUUUGUGAUUUAUGUUUUGAUGUACUUACGCUGGGUGGCCCGCACUAACUUUUAACAAAUCCAGUUUGUUUUCUUUACAAUUAAAAUUAACGCAAAUUUAGUUGACUGUGAUUUCCUAUAAUGUAUUAAAUAAGCUAUAUUUUAAUGAUUUUGCAAUAGGUUUUGAGUGCAAUACGCAAAUUUGUUGCUAAAAUAUGAAUGUUGUUUUUAUAUUUCUGUAUUACACACUGUCUAAUUCAUAUUUUUCGUAUUGUUUUAAAAAUUCUGUGUGCUGGCGAUUUAUUUUGAUUUUGUAACAAACUUGUUUUUAACUAUCAUUCUUAAAAUCUAUGUAUUUCAUUAAAAGUUAAUGUGAUUAUA